AUGGAAGCAGGAAACAAUACAAAUGUACCCCAAUUCCUCCUCCUGGGCCUAUCAGAGGAUCCGGAACUGAAGCCUGUCCUCUUUGGCCUCUUCCUGUCCAUGCACCUGGUCAUCGUCCUGGGGAACCUGCUCAUCAUCCUGGCCAUCGGCUCUGACCCCCACCUCCACACCCCCAUGUACUUCUUCCUGUCCCAGCUGUCCUGUGUGGAUAUCUGCUUCACCUCCACCACCGUCCCCAAGAUGCUGGUGAACAUCCAGACACAGAGAAAAGACAUCUCCUACAUAGGAUGCCUCACUCAGGUGUAUUUCUGUAUGGUAUUUGCCGGGCUGGACAACUUCCUCCUGACCGUGAUGGCCUAUGACCGGUACGUUGCCGUCUGCCGCCCCCUGCACUACACGGCCGUCAUGAACCCCCGGCUCUGUGGGCUCCUGGUCCUUGCGUGUUGGUUCACCGUUUCCUCGGUCUCCCUGCUUCAUACUCUACUGAUGGUGCGGCUGACCUUCUGUGCAGGCACUGAGAUCCCGCACUUCUUCUGUGAGCUGGGGCAGGUUCUCACGGCGGCCUGCUCUGAUGCCCUCAUCAAUGACAUCACCUUGUAUGUGGCCACUGCUCUACUGUGUGUGUUUCCUCUCACCGGAGUCCUGUUCUCUUACUCUCAGAUCGUGUCCUCCAUAGCAAGGAUGCCCUCCACGGAGGGCAGGUAUAAAGCAUUUUCCACGUGUGUGUCUCACCUGUCUGUGGUCUCCUUGUUCUAUGGGACAGGCCUGGGGGUCUACCUCAGCACUGCUGUGACCCAUUCUCCACAGAGGAGCUCGAUUGCCUCAGUGAUGUACACGGUGGUCACCCCCAUGCUGAACCCCUUCAUUUACACCCUACGGAACAAGGACGUGAAGGGGGCCCUGGGAAGGCUCCUAAGUUAAAUAGCCUCUUGUCAAGAUGGGUCAUUGGCCUCAGAACUGAGCAGACACUUUGGGCCCCAGAGGCACAACCACAAUUUCA